AUGUCCGAGGGAGAGUCUUGUACUCCCCAAGCAAGGGCAGAUACACAGCUAGAAGAUGUAGUGUUUGAUAAGAUAGAGCAGAGGUUAGUAGCCAGUAUGGGCUCUGCACGAGCCGACUCAGAAAAGAAAUAUGGUAUUGAGAGGUUUAAAGCCUUAGGGGCUGUGACAUUUGAAGGUACAACAGAUCCAGCUGAAGUUGAGUUGUGGCUGGAUGUAGUUGAAAAAUGUUUCAAUGUUAUGAGUUGUCUAGAGGACAGGAAAAUGGGAUUAGCCACCUUUCUACUACAGAAAGAAGCAGAGAAAUGGUGGAAAGUGAUAUCCGCCAGAAGAACCAGUACAGAUGUGAUGUUAUGGCCUGAGUUCAGGAAGGCCUUUGAAGAUAAGUAUUACCCCAGCUCGUUUCGGGAUGCAAAAAGAGAUGAGUUCCUUAGAUUAACACAGGGAACGAUGUCGGUGGCAGAAUAUGAGCAGAAAUUUAUAGAGUUAUCACAGUAUGCCCUGCUGAUUAUUGCUGAGGAAAGAGAUAGAUAUAGGAAAUUUGAACAAGAUGUUGAGCAGUUGCCAAGAGGCAAUGAGGCUGUGGUAAGGCCUAGAGACAGGGGAUUUCGAUCUCCGGUGGCAACCCAGACUAGUGGAAGCCAUUUUAGGGGAACCAAUUGGCAGGGAUCCAAGAAAAGGAAAAUGAGACCCUCGGCCGGUGCAGUUAGUCGGUCAGAGAUGCCACGAGUUGGUGAGUCAGUAGCUAGCACAGACAGAAGACCGACAUGCCCUAGUUAUGGCAAGAGGCAUUUUGGGGCAUGUUAUAGUGGCAAAGGUGCAUGUUUCCAAUGCGGACAAAUAUGGCAUGUCAAGAGGGACUGUUCCCAGAUGAACAGGGAUGUUCCAAUAGCAUAA